AUGUGGAACGCGACGCCGAGCGAGGAGCCCGGGUACAACCUCACGCUGCCAGACCUGGGCUGGGACGCUCCCGCCGACAACGACUCCCUGACCGACGAGCUCCUGCCGCUCUUCCCCGCGCCACUGCUGGCCGGCGUCACCGCCACCUGCGUGGCACUCUUUGUGGUGGGCAUCGCGGGCAACCUGCUCACCAUGCUGGUGGUGUCGCGCUUCCGCGAGCUGCGCACCACCACCAACCUCUACCUGUCCAGCAUGGCCUUCUCCGACCUACUUAUCUUCCUCUGCAUGCCCCUCGACCUAGUCCGCCUGUGGCAGUACCGGCCCUGGAACUUCGGUGACCUGCUCUGCAAACUCUUCCAGUUCGUCAGCGAGAGUUGCACCUACGCCACGGUGCUCACCAUCACCGCGCUGAGCGUCGAGCGCUACUUCGCCAUCUGCUUCCCGCUGCGGGCCAAGGUGGUAGUCACGAAGGGCCGGGUGAAGCUGGUCAUCCUGGUCAUCUGGGCCGUGGCCUUCUGCAGCGCCGGGCCCAUCUUCGUGCUGGUCGGGGUGGAGCACGAGAACGGCACCGACCCUCGAGACACUAACGAGUGUCGCGCCACAGAGUUCGCCGUGCGCUCGGGACUGCUCACCGUCAUGGUGUGGGUAUCCAGCGUCUUCUUCUUCCUGCCCGUCUUCUGCCUCACUGUGCUCUACAGCCUUAUCGGCAGGAAGCUGUGGCGAAGAAAGCGGGGCGAGGCGGCGGUGGGCGCCUCGCUAAGGGACCAGAACCACAAGCAAACCGUGAAAAUGCUGGCUGUCGUGGUGUUUGCUUUCAUCCUCUGCUGGCUGCCCUUCCAUGUAGGGCGAUAUUUAUUUUCCAAGUCCUUCGAGCCUGGCUCCUUGGAGAUUGCUCAGAUCAGCCAAUACUGCAACCUGGUAUCCUUUGUCCUCUUCUACCUCAGCGCUGCCAUCAAUCCCAUUCUGUACAACAUCAUGUCCAAGAAGUACCGGGUGGCGGUGUUCAAGCUUCUGGGAUUUGAACCCUUCUCCCAGAGGAAGCUCUCCACUCUGAAGGAUGAAAGCUCUCGGGCCUGGACAGAAUCUAGUAUUAAUACAUGA